CAUUAAACGAUUCAAAAUUUGAAACCGAAUAAUCUCAUAUCAUAAUUAUGUGUUAUCUAUUUUAUACGUGACAUUGACAGAAUAUUUUGCGCUCAAAUAGCGUACAUACACGCCAGAAAAGAGAAAAAAAACUAAAAGAUAAUAAUUUAGAAGCUAAAAAUCUUCAAUGUAUUAAUAUUGAUAAGAAAAUUUUGGGAACAAACCAACCAACCAACUGUUUAACAUCUUCAUAAAAAGUAUUUUUUAAUUUAAUUAAUAUUCCAAAAAAUCUAAUAUGUUUCUCGUCUACGCAAAAACUUUAGAUACAACUGCUUUAAGUCAUGUCUAUAUUGACAAGAAUUGCGUCGAGUCACAAAUAAAAAGUAUACUUAACAAAUACCACAUAAAAGACCUUAUAAAUUAUAAAGAAUGGCUACUGAAAGCCAUAUCUCUGAUAGACUUGACCACUCUAUCGGGUGAUGAUACACGGUCCAAUGUUACUAAACUUUGUGUUAAGGCUGCUUAUCCACUUUCGUUAAAAAAUAGUUCUACUCAGACUGCAGCAGUGUGUGUAUAUCCUAAUAGAGUUGCAGAUGCAAGUGAUGCUAUCAAAAAGUUGGGAUGUGCUGGGAAAAUUCAAAUAGCAUCAGUUGCAACAGGCUUUCCAUCAGGAUUAUAUCCCUUGCAAACAAGACUGCUAGAAAUUAAAUUAGCCGUUGCAAAUGGAGCUUCUGAAAUUGAUGUAGUUCUCGAUAGAAGUUUAGUUUUAAUGGGAAAAUGGGAAAUAUUAUAUGACGAGGUGCUUCAAAUGAAAAAAGAAUGUGGCAAUGCUCAUCUGAAAGUCAUCCUCGGUGUUGGAGAACUAGGAACAUAUGAAAAUGUGUACAACGCAUCCAUGGUAUCUAUGAUGGCAGGUGCUGACUUCAUAAAAACUUCCACCGGUAAAGAAGCGGUAAAUGCAACACUACCAGUGGGCUUGGUGAUGUGUCGAGCUAUACGAAACUUUUACCAAAUGACCGGAACCAAGGUUGGAUUGAAACCGGCUGGUGGUAUAAAGACAUCCCAAGAUGCAGUCAACUGGCUCAUUUUGAUCUACACGGAGUUAGGUCCUGAAUGGCUUACACCUAAACUUUUCCGCAUCGGAGCGUCUAGUCUCCUCACCGUUUUGGAAAAAGACUUACAACAAUAAUUUCUUGAAACAAUUUUUUUUAAUACCAUUUUUUAUAAUUAUUAUUAAAUAAAUGUACAAAUUGUUAAUUAGGUAACUAAUGUAACAAUGCUUGUUUAUUGUUAAUAUAAGGAAUAAUGUUUUGUUAAGAUUGCAAAAUGUUAAAAAAUAUAUACAUUUUAUGUU